GCGUUCCCGCUGCCCAGGCGGCCCCUCACCCUGGCCCGGAUCCUCCGCCCACGGAGACGGCCCCGCCCGGCGGUCCCGUGACGGCCGGAGCGCGGGUCACGAGUGCGGCGCAAUGGCCUCGGAGCGGGAUGUGCGCGCCCGGCUGCGGCUGGCGGGCCAGGAGCACCUACUGCGUUUCUGGGACGAGCUGGCGCCAGGGCCGCGCGCCGCGCUGCUGGCCCAGCUGGCCGAGCUGGACCCCGUGGCGCUGCGCGAGCACUGCCAGCGGGCGGCGGCGGCCUGCGCGCGCCCUCCGGGCCCGUGCCCCGAGCUGGCCGCGCGCCUGCGGCCCCUGCCCCCUGAGCGUGUGGGCAGCAUGAGCCAUGGCGACCCCGAGGCGCGGCAGCGCUGGGAAGAAGAGGGUCUCCGGCAGAUCGCCCUGAACAAGGUGGCGGUUCUGCUGCUGGCCGGCGGGCAGGGCACUCGCCUGGGUGUGGACUACCCCAAGGGCAUGUACCGCGUGGGGCUGCCCAGCCAGAAGACACUCUACCAGCUGCAGGCCGAGCGCAUCCGGAGGGUACAGCAGCUGGCCGGGGAGCGCCACGGGGUCUGCUGCACCGUGCCCUGGUACGUCAUGACCAGCGAGUUCACACUGGGACCCACAGCCACCUUCUUCCGUGAGCAUGACUUCUUCCAGCUGGACCCCUCCAACGUGGUCCUGUUUGAGCAGCGUAUGCUGCCCGCCGUGAGCUUCGAGGGCCAGGCCAUCCUUGAGCGCAAGGACAAAGUUGCUCUGGCACCAGACGGAAACGGUGGCCUGUACCGUGCACUGGCUGACCACCAGGUCCUGGAGGACAUGCAGCACCGCGGGGUGGAUUUUGUCCACGUCUACUGUGUGGACAACAUCCUCGUACGCCUGGCAGACCCCGUCUUCUUGGGCUUCUGUGUGUUGCAGGGGGCUGACUGUGGCGCCAAGGUGGUGGAGAAGACCGACCCCCAGGAGCCUGUGGGCGUGGUCUGCCAGGUGGACGGCGUGCCCCAGGUAGUUGAGUACAGCGAGAUCAGCCCUGAGACUGCGAGCCUUCGGGCAUCCGACGGCAGCUUGCUUUACAACGCGGGCAACAUCUGCAACCACUUCUUCACUCGGGGCUUUCUGCAGACAGUUGCCAAGUGGCUCACUUUGAUGGCCUGGCCCGGCCCUCCCCCCAGGGAAUUUGAGCCUCUGCUGCAGCCGCACGUGGCCGUGAAGAAGGUCCCACAUGUGGACGAGCAGGGCGCUCUGGUGAAGCCGCUGAAGCCCAAUGGGAUCAAGAUGGAGAAGUUUGUGUUUGAUGUGUUCCCAUUCGCCAGCAACCUAGUUGCCUUCCAAGUGCAGAGGGAGGAGGAGUUCUCGCCGCUGAAGAACGCGGAUGGGGCUGCCAGCGACAGCCCCUCCUCAGCCCGGCGUGCCCUGCUGGCUCAGCACUAUCGCUGGGCCGUGCGGGCCGGUGCCCGCUUCCUGGAUGCGCAGGGCACCCCUCUGCCUGCGCAGCCCUGCCUGCCACCCAACGAAGACCCUCCGGCCAUCUGCGAGAUCUCACCCUUGGUUUCUUAUGCGGGAGAGGGUCUGGAUGUGUAUUUGCGAGGCCGGACACUCCGGUCCCCACUCAUCCUGGACGAGACUCGAGCCAGGGAGCUGCUGCUGGCCCAGGAUCCCUAGCCCACAGUCAGGCUGGUCCUGAGGCCCAGGUGCCCGGCCUGCAGAACUCGGAGGAGACACAUCGCACGGAUGCCCCAUCUGCUGGACUGUGGGCGCAGCAGGUCUCAGAGUGGGCCUUAGGGAGGUGUGGUGUACUGCUGCCCGGCAGGUGCCAGGCCUGGGGGUGCACCGGGUUGUGCCCUUUGCCCAGGCUGCAGGAUGGAUGCCAGACCAGCUCCAGAGACACCCCUGCCUUCCCUGUCAGCUGGGGUGUACGCCCCCACCCCCAGCG